GUAACAUUCAAUUCACGUAUUUACUCGUAUCGUCUGAGCCACAGGAAAUUUUGAUUUAAAACACGUAUGCGUUGGUUCAUAAAAUCACUUAAGAGCGCAAUUAUAAAUUUUCGUUGCAAGCGUUCGGAUUUGUGAGAUGAAAAUGAGCUCAUAUUAAAAUCACCUCGGCUCGAAUAGAUAAAAUUCAGCGCAUAAACCAAGUAAAUGGUCUGGUCACAUCGAUUUCUCCGCCCCCACUUAUGUAGUACCUGAGUUAGAAUCUACUUUCAGGUCUUUUAGAGGAACAAGGUAUGAAGGAAAUAUCACCAUAAUGAGCCCUAAUAUGUAUGGAACAGUUAGCGUAUCGUCAAUAAUCCGAUUUUUAAGAACAAGGAGCCAAAUCGAUCUAUUUCAUUAUGUCGAACUUAUUUGGACGAUUACGAGCAGCAAAACACCCUAAUGAAUGCCAGAGAGAUUUAAAAUACAGCUCACAUUUUGGCGGGCGGUAUGAUCACUCAUAAGCAAGUGUUUCACAUUCCGGGGAGAGGAACAUUCAAUGGCACGCCACACAUUGCCGACACCUGGAGCACUUCUCCUCAUCUGCCGAAUGGGGAGAUCAGUUCUCCGUGGAACUUUGGAGGCGUCGGUCGUUGAUGCAAAUAACGGGACAGUGCGGCAAGAUCGCCAACUCAGGCGAGGCAAGGCCACAAGGGGGAACAAGAUUGCGAACGUGAGAAAUUAGCGCAGAGAUUGCCAGUGGUGCGAGGCAAGUGCCAGAUAUCCAGAUUUCCAAAUAAACAAAUCGGCACAAGUGUGAGGCGCACAAGUGCCCACCACACGAUCGCACUAAUUAGAGGCAGAACGGACUUGGAGUCAUCAUUAUUGGCACACCAAUGAGUUAUUGCCGAUCCGCUCAGCUCGUCGGAUAAGUAAUUGACCCUAGGUCAGCGGUCAGCAGGAGGAGGGCUACGCAUAAGAUCGGUUCGGGAGCACUCGGCAGCUGGAGCCAGCUGCGGUCGGGGCGACCGAAAGUUUAUUAUUGUUUGGGCAACGAGAGUGUAAACAAGGCAGAAGUGGCGGCGUGAAGAUGGAGAACGUGCGCUUCUCGAUAAUCGAAAACGACCUGAAAUGGAACUCGGAGAGCGACCAAGCGGCGGACGUGGACCUUCUGCUGGACAAGCGCAGUAUAUCGAGCGAGGCCAACAGCGCGGGGGUGUUUAGCGACGAGGCGCAUGAGAUAUUUGCGCGCCAGCAGCAGAACCAGAUACUUUGGGAGCUCGAGGAGAUAGAGGAGACACUGAGCGCGACACCGAGAGCCAAGCAUGUCCUCGAAAUGGUCAGGUCCGGCUGCUUUCUGGAACUUAUGACCGACUCCAGCGACUGCAGUCUGGCCCUGAUCUGUUGCUCGGUGUUUGGCAGCGUAGAGAACAUCCAGUACCUGCUGAGCCAUUACAACGCCGAUCCUAACGCGGCCGACAGCCGGGGUCGGACGCCCCUGCACUUCGCCUGCUGUCGCGCCAACGCCCCCAUAGCCAAAGUGCUGCUCGACCACGGCUCUGAUCCAAAUCGCUGGGAUGCCAAGAAGGAGGUGACAUCGCUGCACUGCGCGGCCAGCUCCAAGAGCGUCGAGUGCAUCCUCCUGCUGCUGAGACGCAAGGCAAGCAUCAACAUCGGCAUCGAAAAGCGCUCCGCCCUCCACUAUGCCAUCGAUGUCAAUGCUGUGGAGUGCGCCGAGAUCUUGUUAAAAUACGGAGCCGACCCGAAUACACCGCAGGUCUACACGGAGACGCCUCUUCACACGGCCAGCGCCGCGGGAUUCGCCAAGUGCGUACAGCUGCUCCUCGACCACAACGCCGACGUAAGAUCGCAGUUUGGCGAGGGAAAAGUCACAGCCUUGCACUUGGCUGCGGAAAAUGACUACGUGGAAUGUGCCCGGCUGCUUCUGGAGCAUCGUGCCGAAGUGGACUGUCGAAACGCUAGCCACCAAACUCCUCUACAUCUUGCCUGCCUCUCGCAGUCCAUCGGCACCGUCGAUCUUCUGAUAGCCUAUGGAGCCAAUGUGAACGCCGUCUAUAGGGACGGACGGACGGCCCUGCACGCGGCCAUUGUGAAGCAGUCGCGUUGCCUGGACUGCUGCAACGCCCUGCUCAAGGCUGGGGCAGAUGUAAAUAAGGCUGAUAACUACGGAUAUACUCCGCUCCACAUAGCAGCCCUCAACGAGUUUAGUAGCUGUGUGUACACGUUCAUUGAGAAUGGAGCAGAUAUAACAGCCCGCACCGAUGGACACGUCUCGGCGCUGUCCUUUAUAGUGCGUCGCACUCCAGAGGUAAUACCAAAGCUAAUGCAGAAGCUGGACCGAUCCAUUAAGGCGAAUGAUCACGAAAUCGGCGACGUGGACUGCCAGAUUAAGCUGGACUUUCGACUUCUGGUUCCCAGUUCGUCGAUGGAACGUGGGGAGACUGAGCUGCUUCUCUCGCUGAUUGAGGUCGGCCAAAAGCGGAUCCUGAUGCACCCACUCUGCGAGACGUUUCUAUUCCUCAAGUGGCGACGGAUCCGCAAGUUCUUCCUCAUGAGCUUGGCGUACCACACCCUCUUUGUGCUCCUUUUCACGCUUUACGUUAUUCGGGUCUUUGUACGGUGCUGCAAGGAGGGCGAGGAGUGCCUGGCGCCGGGCUACGUUUCCACCAUUGGAUAUUUGGUGAUAAUCCUGAACCUCAUCCUGCUGGGCAAGGAAGUGUUUCAGAUGGCACACGGCCUGCAUGGAUAUGCCAAAUACUGGGAGAACUGGCUGCAGUGGACUAUUGUCUUCGGAGUGCUUCUAUGCGUCUCACCCAAGAUCCUCCAAACCGGGGACUUGCUCGCUGUGCCCGUCUGGCAGCAUCACGUGGCUGCUGUGGUCAUCCUGCUCGUCUGGCUGGAGCUGAUGAUGUUGGUUGGUCGCUUUCCAAUCUUUGGCGUUUACGUUCAAAUGUUUACCAAAGUGGCCGUUAACUUUGGCAAAUUUCUACUAGCGUACAUAUGUUUGCUGGUGGCCUUCGGUCUCAGCUUUGCGGUGCUCUUCAACGAUUAUCCAGCCUUCGAGAACAUCACGUGGACGUUUUUAAAGUCCAUCACCAUGAUGUCCGGCGAGCUGGAGUUUGAGGACAUAUUCUACGGGGACUACGCCGUGAAGUUCCCGGUCACCGCUCAUAUAAUUUUUCUGUCCUUCGUUUUACUGGUCACCGUAAUUCUGACCAAUCUAAUGGUGGGCCUGGCCGUCAGCGACAUCCAGGGCCUACAGGUCAGCGCCACCUUGGACCGUCUGGUGCGCCAGGCGGAACUGGUUUCGCGCCUGGAGAGCCUCUUCUUCUCACGCUUGCUGCGGAGUGCACCCACCAACCUCAUCCAGCUGUGCAAGCGUAGUGCCCUUCUACGCACCUCGCGCGACAAGCUGCAGUUCACCAUCCGGCCCAACGACCCACGGGAUAACCAGCUACCCGAAGACAUAAAGGUGAACAUUUACAAGCUGGUGGCCGAACGGCGAGACAGGAACCAGAGCCUACGGCGGCGCCAGUUUGAGAACAACUACAACUUCUUCAGUCGAAGUCUUCAGCGCCAGCAGGAGCCUCCUCAGAGGGAGUCUCUUCAGCCAGAGCCGGCCUUUACGGUCGCUAAAAAGGCACCCCAGAAUCUCUUCCACAUGCACGAGUUGCUGCGGCCCCGAUCCGCUACCAAUGUACCGCAGCAGUUGCGCCAAGAGCAAGAUGGAGCUGUCCAGCUAAAAAACCAGGUGAACAUUCUCAGCGCCGUACAAGCGGAGGUGCAGGCGAUCAAAACGCAGUUGGGAGAGCUGGCGGCCAAGUUUGAACGGUUUUCGGAGAACGCCACUCGCAAAAUAAACUACAGCGCUGACGAACUGUGUCGGCUGAGACAGCAAGGUCAAUCCAAUAACAACACACGCCGACACCAUCGCUGAGGAGACAUCGGAAUUUAUUUAAUUUUCACAUUUAUGAUUAAAGCGCCUGAUUGUGACCUAAA